UCUCUUUCUCUCUCCUCUGUUCCUGUUCUAACGUUGUUGGAACACAGAGAAAAAGGUACAAGGAAACGGUGGAGUUGAGAGAAACCCAGGUGAGAAAAACGAUUCGGGUCGCAUGAUAGUGUCGUGGUUGAAGUGGGGAGUGUGGAAAUUUUCAAUCUUUUUCAGGCAUACGAGUUCCAAAGUGUGAAACAGAAGCAGGUAGUUAACUGGGUUGGUUCAGUUUUGAUAUCUCGCUGCUCCAAAGUUAUUCCCUUUGAGAAUUUGGGUGUCUUCUUCUCAAGCUUGUAAAAGAGUUACUAUAUUGGGGAGGAGAAAAAGUUGGUGUGAAAAGAAAUUCACUGGCAUUGUUGCAAGAAGAGAGAGAGAGAGUUCAAAAGGGUUAGAGAGAGAAAGGACUUGACUUGACUGCUGUACUAUAUUUUUAUGGGUGUGUGUGUGUGAGAGAGAGAGAGAGAGAGAGAGGUAGAAGGGGGACAACAGCGUAUCUGGGAAAAUCGUGGAAAAUUCGAUUUAGUUAAGUUAUGUGCUUAAAUUAAACGAAGAAAAGGAGACAACAGAAGAGAAACGUAGCCACACAUAGUAAAGGGUAUAAAAAAUAAGCAAGUACAGAGAGAGAGAGAGAGAGAGAGAGAGAGAGAGAGAGGGGCACAGAUCAAGACGAACCAAACCAAACCAAACGGGUUCCAAUUGUGCAGUGUACCGCCACCUUCUCUUUCUUGUACAGACAGAUAUGAUGAAGAGGGCAGAAAGAUAACAAGAGAAGGAGGAGGCUAGACAUAGCGAAUUUGUUGGUGAUGGGUCUUGGUUUGAAGAUGCAGAGCCACAGUCACCACCCUGUGGCUUUGAGAUUGCAUGAGCAAGCGGGGAGCAAACGAAAGUACACUUUCAUUCAGGCACAUAGAGCAUGGCUUCCCAAGUUCUUGAUGAUGUGGAUCCUUCUGAUGGCUCUAAUUGGUUGCUGCAUUUAUAGUAAAAUGGAUGCUGACACUAAAGUGAGAAGAAAAGAGGUGUUGGGUAGCCUCUGUGAUCAACGGGCAAGAAUGCUGCAAGAUCAAUUCAGUGUUAGUGUCAACCAUGUCCAUGCCCUUGCCAUUCUUGUUUCAACCUUCCAUUACUUCAGAAGCCCUUCUGCCAUUGACCAGGAAACCUUUGCUGAGUAUACAGCCAGGACUGCAUUUGAACGGCCAUUACUUAGUGGUGUGGCCUAUGCACAAAGAGUGGUUAACUCAGAGAGAGAAACAUUCGAGAAGCUACAUGGAUGGGGUAUCAAGACAAUGGGAAGGGAACCUUCACAGGUUAGAGAUGAGUAUGCACCAGUGAUAUUUGCACAAGAAACUGUCUCUUACCUUGAAUCUCUUGAUAUGAUGUCUGGAGAGGAGGACCGAGAGAACAUUUUGAGGGCUAGGGCCACUGGGAAAGCUGUUUUGACUAGCCCUUUUAGGCUGCUGGGUUCUCAUCAUCUUGGUGUGGUUUUAACAUUUCCAGUUUAUAAAUCUAAGCUCCCUCCAAAGCCAAGUAUGGAAGAGCGCAUUAAAGCAACAGCAGGAUAUGUUGGAGGAUCCUUUGAUGUCGAGUCCCUCGUGGAAAAUUUACUGGGUCAACUUGCUGGUAACCAAGCUAUAUUGGUUAAUGUAUAUGAUGUCACAAACUCUACUGACCCCUUAAUCAUGUAUGGCAACCAAAAUGAAGAAGGCGAUAUGUCUCUUGUCCAUGAAAGUAAGCUUAAUUUUGGAGAUCCAUACAGAAAACAUCAGAUGAUAUGUAGGUAUCACCAGAAGGCACCGACAAAUUGGAUAGCACUUACUACGGCAUUCCUAUUCUUUGUGAUUCUCUUAUUAGUGGGUUAUAUUUUAUAUGGUGCUGGAAAUCAUAUUGUCAAAGUAGAGGAUGAUUUCCAUAAAAUGGAGGAAUUGAAAGUCAGAGCAGAAGCAGCUGAUGUUGCCAAGUCACAGUUUCUAGCUACCGUUUCUCAUGAAAUUAGAACACCCAUGAAUGGCAUUUUAGGAAUGCUUGGUCUGCUUCUAAGCACAGAAUUGAGUUCAACUCAACGAGAUUAUGCUCAGACUGCUCAAGCAUGUGGGAAGGCUCUCAUAGCAUUAAUAAAUGAGGUGCUUGACCGAGCUAAAAUUGAAGCUGGCAAGUUAGAGCUGGAAGCAGUUCCAUUUGACAUUCGUUCCAUACUUGAUGAUGUCCUUUCUCUAUUUUCUGAGAAAUCUAGGAACAAAGGUUUGGAGCUGGCAGUGUUCGUUUCUGAUAAAGUUCCAGAUAUUGUUAAGGGAGAUCCUGGGAGAUUCAGGCAAAUUGUAACAAAUCUUGUUGGCAACUCUGUUAAAUUCACGGAGCGAGGACAUAUAUUUGUGAAAGUCCAUGUAGCUGAAAAUAGAAUGUCCACGAUGAAUGGAAAAAUUGAGACUUUUGUAAAUGGAGGAUCAGAUGAAGUUGUGCACAUGUCUGGUGGUUAUAAUUUCAAAACUUUAAGUGGAUAUGAAGCAGCUGAUGAGCAGAACAACUGGGAUAAUUUUAAGCAUCUAAUUGCCAAUGAAGAAUUUUUCUUUGAUGCGUCUGUUAAAAAGGUGGCCUCCAGUGAAUCUUAUGAGAAAGUCACAUUGAUGGUCAGUGUGGAGGACACUGGAAUUGGAAUUCCUUUCUCAGCUCAAGAUAGGAUUUUAAUGCCUUUUGUGCAAGCAGACAGCUCAACCUCUCGACAUUAUGGCGGUACUGGCAUUGGCUUGAGUAUUAGUAAGUGCCUGGUUGAACUAAUGGGUGGUAAGAUAAGUUUCAUAAGCAGACCCCAGGUUGGGAGCACGUUUUCGUUUACUACAGAUUUUGGAACGGUAAAGAAAAAUUCAAUAACUGACGUGAAGAAACUUAAUUUGGAAGAUCUGCCAUCCGGUUUUAGAGGGCUUAAAGCCAUAGUGGUUGAUGGAAAACCUGUUAGGGCUGCUGUGACUAGAUACCAUUUGAAGAGACUAGGAAUACAGGUUAAAUUUGCAAAUAGCAUCAAUAAGGCUGUUUCAUUAUGUGGGAAGGCCUCAGGAUCAUUUCAGCCUGAUAUUAUUUUUGUUGAGAAGGAUUCAUGGGUUUGUGGAGAGGAUGGGAUCUUCAAUGUGUGGCAACUUGACUGGAAACAGAAUGGGCAUGCGUUUAAGAUGCCUCAAAUAAUCCUUCUUGCAAAUGCUGAAUUUGAUAAACCUAAAGGUGCAGGUUUCAGUGACACCGUGAUCAUGAAGCCUCUUAGAGCUAGUAUGAUGGCUGCCUGUCUUCAGCAAGUUCUGGGAAUGGGGAAGAAGAGGCAGCCAGGGAAAGACAUCACUUUUGUACGAAGCCUUCUUUGUGGAAAGAAAAUCUUAGUGGUUGAUGACAAUGCGGUAAACCGGAGGGUAGCUGCAGGUGCAUUAAAAAAAUUUGGAGCCGAUGUAAAGUGUGCAGAAAGUGGCAAAGUUGCUCUUGAAAUGCUUCAAUUGCCUCACAAUUUUGAUGCUUGCUUCAUGGACAUUCAGAUGCCAGAAAUGGACGGGUUUGAAGCAACUCGGCAAAUUCGGGUGAUGGAGAGGAAGGCAAAUGAGCAUAUGAAUGGUGAAGGAAAUUGCAGAAAAAGUGAGUUGCAUAUACCAAUAUUGGCCAUGACAGCUGAUGUAAUCCAAGCUACAUAUGAUGAGUGCUUAAAACGUGGAAUGGAUGGAUAUGUCUCAAAGCCUUUUGAGGAAGAGAAUCUGUAUCAAGCAGUUGCAGAGUUUUUCAAGCCCAAGGCUUCACCAGAUUCUUUGCAGAAUGGAAGAACUGCAUAAGCAACUUAAUUUGAGAUCAUCACUGGCAUUUUUUCAUAGUUUGCUGGUUGGUAACUAGUGGCUUCAACGAAGAGGUUGAGGAUUCUUGAUUUGGAUCUCCGAGUAAAUGUAUACCACCCCAUAACUUUCCAUCCCCAACUUGUGUACAGAUUCUCCAAAGGGAUGGCCAAAAUUAUGUAAAUUCAAUAUUUUUCUUUUGCAUCUCAAUACUUAGAUAUAUCAGAAUGGUUUCUCUAUAGUUUCUUUUUUUAAUCCUGUAAAAUUAUCUCCUAUGAGAUUUGUUAGUUGUUAUAAUCAGAAGAAAAGGUUGGUGCUUAAUAAUGCUUAGAUUUCAUGAUAUGAACCUUUGCCA